AUGCCUGAGACUCAAACUGUGGGUCACAAUGUACCAGUAUUUUCUGUAAAAGUUGGUGAACGUGUUACUCUCAACUGUGCAUUUAUAGACAAAUUAGAUAAGAUGAUUUGGUACAAGCAAAGAUUUGGUGAGAUGCCUCAGAAGGUGGGAGGAAGUUUAUUAUAUAAUGAAAUCAACAUUUCUCCUGAGUUCAACCAAUCAGGAUUAAAAAUGAAGAAAACAAUGACUGGAAUUUCUUUGACAUUUCUGCAUAUAAGAAAAGAGGAUGAAGGAUUGUACUUCUGUGGAGUAUUUAACUGGGUGAGAAAUUCAUUUUCCAAUGGAACAUUCAUAUCUGUGACAGGUGAUCAAGAAUGCAGUGUAUCAGUGUUCCAAAACAGUGAGCUGGACUCAUUCACUGCAAGAGAAUCAGUAAAUCUUCAGUGCACGGUUCUUUCUAAAAGCACAAUAUCAGAUCUUCCAGUGCUCUGGUUUAGAUCUACUGCACCACAAUCCCAUCCUCAAAUCAUUUACACUCAUCACAACAGCAGCCAUCAAUGUAAGAACAGCUCUUCUACAUACACCUGUGUGUACAACUUCUCCAAGAACAUCCUCACCAUCAAUGAUACUGGUACCUACUACUGUGCUGUGGCCAUGUGUGGAAAGAUCAUAUUUGGAAAUGGAACAACUGUACAGCUGGCAUCUGUGGAUUAUUUAUGGAAGUUUCUUGCAGUAGCUUUGGUGGUGUGCAUAACUGUGAUCAUUGUUCAGUCUGUUUUAAUCUGUAAAAUUAGAAGCUGUAAACCAUACAGAGUGACCCAUCAACAAGGUUCUGUGAUAGAGAAAUCAAACAAUCAGGAUUGUGAUGCUCCAGCACUGAAUUACGUUGCCUUACAUUUCAAUGAGAGAAAAAACAACAAAGCAAGAGAAAAGAGGCAACCAGCCAAAGACUGUGUGUAUUCUGAAGUGACAAUGACCUCUUAG